GGUUAAAAUUUCUGAUUUUCACUUUGCUCUGAAAUACCUGGAUGCUGUUGGCUGUGCAUACAGUUACAGAAAUCAGUUGUGCAAGCAAGUAUUUAUAUUUUUGGAAGUUAGGCCUGUUACUCCAUCACUCUGCCUUGCUUUUUCUCUUUAAUUUUUUUUUCUUUUUUUUUUUUUUUUUUCCUUCUGCUCUCCCCCUUUUAACUUUGUCUGAGCAGAUGACACCACUCCUAUUUUGACUGCUAGUGCGAGUUAUGUGGCCAGUAUGGAGCAGGGCCUCUUUUUAACUGGUCUGGUUUCGUUCUGGAACAAUACUUGUAUGGGAAUAUACUCAAUUUGUUCCCCCAAGGGAAUAAGUACAUAGAGGUGGAUGGGGGCAGAGGUAUGGCUUGGUAUGUGGAGCUAGUAGAGUUUUUAUCUUUUAUCCAAAUGUUGUCCUGGUAUGUUUUUUCUUACGAGAACUGCUUGUGUAAGAGUAGUUAUUGCAUUACCCUUUUAGCCUGCCUUGUGUCUUCUAAGAGUCAUAUAGAAGAGCCUUGUGUUAGGCCAGCUAUACCCACAGAAUAUAGGAGUAAAUUCUGGCCUUGAUUUAGCCUCAGGUGCUUGGGGUUGGAUUCAUCUCAGCUGCCUGUAAUCUUUUGAAAAAUAGGUAUUUAGUCCAAGCUAGAUUUCCAGGUGCACUGUCAAAAUGAAGACAAAAGGCUCCCUUAGGGUGAUUUAUCCUCUUCUGUUAUAGGUUCUGUCGUGCGAUGUUAAAAGAUCAUAAUUUGAGAACUCAACAGUCUUUCCACCAACUUGCACAAAAGAAACCAUUUAUUCCAUCUGCAGUAUGGUAUAAAGCAGUAAGAGGCAUGUUUAUUCAAACUCAGGACACACCAAAUCCAAAUAGUCUGAAGUUUAUUCCAGGCAAGGAAGUGCUGGAGUCGAGGACUAUGGAGUUUUCCACACCCGCUGCAGCAUUUUGCUCACCUUUAGCAAGACAGUUAUUCAAAAUUGAAGGAGUUAAAAGUGUUUUCUUUGGACCGGACUUCAUCACGAUCACCAAGGAGAGUGAAGACCUGGAUUGGAACUUACUGAAACCAGAUAUUUAUGCAACUAUAAUGGAUUUCUAUGCCUCUGGCUUACCUGUAGUUACUGAUGAGGCACCUAGGACAGAUACAGCUGCAUCAGAGGAAGAUGAUGAAGUUGUACUGAUGAUUAAAGAACUGCUGGAUACAAGAAUAAGGCCGACAGUGCAAGAAGAUGGUGGUGAUGUUAUUUAUAAAGGCUUUGAGGAUGGGAUUGUGCAGCUGAAGUUGCAGGGCUCGUGCACCAGCUGUCCCAGUUCCAUCAUCACCCUGAAGAACGGGAUACAGAACAUGCUCCAGUUCUACAUCCCUGAAGUAGAAGGUGUGGAACAGGUUGUUGACGAUGAUGAUGACAUGGAGAAAGAAGCAAAUUCUACUUGAGCUAGCGUUGCCUGUGGCCAAUAAGUAUUUACCUCUUCGUAAGUAACGUGGCUGCCCUGGCUGAGCAAGGGAAGACGUGGCAGAGCAGAACACGUUCCACUUUUAGAGACUAUGGGAAGAGAAAUAUUUAUUGUUCUGAAAUUGAAAUACGUAAAUCAGGUUUUGCAAGUACUUCUGUUUACUUGUGCGUGUAGGACUUAAUUUCUUCCUGGUGCCUAGCUUUAGCAGAUGGCUGUGCUAACGGAAAUGCUAUUCCUUCUUUGUAUUGCCACAAUCGAGCUGAGUUUGCGGUCAUUAUUUGGCGUAUGGUUACAGUCGUAUUCCCUGCAUGCAAGGACUCGACAGCCUCUGGUACAUUCCCCUCUUUCACUUCUUGCCAGUGUAAUUCCACUGAGUCCCUUAACAGGAUCAAUUAAGUCAGCGGAGAAUCUUUUAUAUAGUAUGCAGCUCAGCAUAUGAUCACCAUAAACUUCAUGUUACUUGUUAGAAAUCUAAAAAUAAGUAUUGUAGCAAAAUAUUUCUUUGGCUUUCAUGGAGAGUAAUAACUUACAGUCAUUUAAAUUGCCCACUCAGGACUUGGAAAUUGGUUUGAAAUUACCAUGUUUUCUUUACCCUGUUAUGAAGUUCGCAGUGCCUGAUCUUACAAGUGUAUUGAUGACAAAAUUCCCCUCGAGGUAGGCUCAGACUAUCCAAAAGAGAGCUUGUGCAAACAUUAUCGCCAUGUCCUCCUUUGUCAGCAAACCAUAGAAUGGCGAGUAAUGUUUCUGGCUUCUCAAAAUUAGAGCUUUUUAGGCCUAAUUUUUCAAUUUAAUGCACUGUACAAGCCAAAACUUAAACAGCAAAAUAGCUGUUUUGUGUGUUAAAUAAAAUGUAUCUCUCAAAAA